UCUGUGGUGGUGUUUAUCAAUCAAGUUCUCAGAUCUUCGUCGAGUUUGUGUUUUUUUGUUACAUUGUGGUCAAAUGUAAUAAUUACAAGGAAAUGAAAUGAUAAUAGAUUUGUAGGGAAAUUUAGGAGCCAACACUCCAGAAGUCUAUGUUCAAAAUUCCAUCAGACUAAUCAUAGUGAGCGAUGGAACCCAUGGAGGAGGAUUUAGAUGUCUCAAUACCCUUGUCGUCGCUGAGCUAUGAAUUCAGGACACUGGUAUCGAAUUUGUUGAAUACAAGACGUGUAAUAACGACUGAUGGCCCUAAUAAAUUACCCAGGGACUGGAGAGGUUUAGCGUUUUUGCUACAAAUAUCAUCAGAGUUAGCGAGUAGUAUAAGUGAGAGUCCGGACAAGACUAGCAGACUCCUGGACAUUUGGAUGCAGAGGGGGGACGGUACAGCCACACUGGAAACCUUACUUGAUUAUCUGACACAGCUAGACAGAUAUGAUAUAUACGAUGAUAUUGUUGAACUUGCAAAUCUUGGUAGGCUUAUUGCAACACCAAUUGAUCAGUCUAUGUUUGGCAAUGAAAUUUCAAAAAUCAAUGGGAAUAAGAAUGAUGGCAUGAUCAUCACAUACGAUGAUAGAAGAGACGGAUUUCCUCAUUACUACCAUGCAUAUGUGCUUUUCGCCCAAAAGGACUGGGAGUUUGUUCGAGAGCUUCUAUCUCGGAUGAAAGCUUUAGGAUAUAAGCUAUGCACCGAGUACGACAUCGACGUGGGCUACGGCACGCAGUACGCGCCGGUCGCGCAGCUGAUCUCGGAGCGCUGCUACCGGAUCAUCCUGGUCUACUCGCCGGACUUCCUCGUCAGUCCGGCUAACAGCUUCUACUCGGACUACGCGCAGGCUGUCGGCAUUGAGUCGAACAAGCGCAACAUAAUCCCGAUCAUCUACCGCAAGUGCACGCUGCCGCAUCACCUGAUGUACUACCACCGGCUGGUGUACAAGCCGGACGAGUGGGCGCCCUACGACUUCUGGGAGAAGCUUGGCCAGACCCUCGGCAAGAUCAAACUGCCUGGAGCAAACGGAAUUACCUCAACCCAAUCAACAUUGGCCAUCACUGAGCUGCCAGCCGACGAUAAUGUCCAUUUCCUCAACACUAAAACUAUGUCUAGCAGCUACUCAGUCUCCGAUAUGAACACACUAGAGGUGGACAUAUCCCAACUCAGGAACUCAGGAUCAUUGAGCUCGGAAAGCCAGGCCAGUUCCCAAACACCAGUGAAGAAGAAAGGGUUGCAGAAAGUGAUGAGAUUCUUCUCAGGAAAAAAGAAAGUGUACAGCUGAGUAUUGAAAUGUGAUUUAGACACUGCCGUGUGCUAUUGUUGUAUGCACAAAUUAUUUUCAAGUUGUUUUAGCGUAAUGAGAAAUGACUAUCAAGCUAUUGACUUGACGAUAAGUCAGAAGUUUUGAUUCUGAACUCGUAUACCAUCGGCCUUCUUCCUCUAUUCCACAUAGAUGAAGAUCGCGAGCAAUUAUUUCGUGCUUUUAUUUUAUACAGCAUUGAACGCUCAAUGUACUUGGUCUUCGUUUGGCCUUUUUUAGAAUGGACAUAUCCUGCUCAACCUAAAAUGUUGUAACCCUCACUACCAGAGAAUCAUUGCGUUCACGAUGAUAGGUGAUAAGAUAGGUCACCGUAUCGAUACUAGUAGCGAUUCGCUCGAAUCUGGCAAGCACGUGCCAUCAGUUACGAUUGACCAUGUACUAAAAGAUAAACUUAGAUAAUAGAUUUAAAGAUAUUGACGCAAUUUAAAAUAAUUGAGCAAGGCACAGACAGUUAUAUGGUUCAGUGGCCGCAUAAGAUCGAAUUGGUUAAUAUUAAGUGUCUCGGUUUAUUAGAUAAUUUGCUGGAUUGUAUGUACAAUAGCAUGAGAUUAUUCUAUAAUUUGUUAUUGAAAUAUUCUAUUAGGCGGUGUUAUCGCUGAAGGCAAUUCCUUCCAGAUAACGAACAAGUAGAGCAAUACUUUUGUUUUCGAUGGAGCUUCGUUAGGUCGCAUCCGUUGACAUGUGCGCGACUUGGAGAUAAACUAGCGUGGGAAUAAUAGCCCACAAGAUAACACGAACUGAAUAACAAGAUAAAAGCUAAAAAUUGCCAACAAACUGGUGAAUGACGCCGGAUGAAUCACUGAGCAUGAGGAAAAUUGGUCCAAAAUGACGAUAAGUCAGUAUGAGAAAUAUUUUAAGACGGUUAGUGAAAGUUCAAUAUUUUUGCUUGAAGAGGGCAAACGAAAAUUACUUUCAAAUGUCAAAUGCGGUGGUUCCACUAAAAUUAAUAAAAUCUAUCAUUCCAUUUGUAACAAAUGAAAUUAUUCAAAUGUUGUAUGUAUUAACAAUAUGGUGCUAUAAGCACUAUAAAACCAUAGAGUGGGUUAUUAACGCAUGGCGUUUUUGUUGUUAUUCAAAAUAGAUUUUAAGUAGCUAGUAUAGUAUAAAUACAAAUAAGUUAUAUUUUUUAUAGUUUUUACUAUACCUAAUAAUGUUAUAAACUUUUCUGAGAUUUUAAAAAGGUCAGUCAGUAUACAACUUUUACACUGGUGGUUUUAUAAAUUUAAAUUAAGAUUCCUAGAUUUAAUUGUAAAAUUUUAGUGAAAGUAGAUGUCUGUUUUUUUUUUGAUAAAGUUAUUAUAUUCUAAAAUGUUUUUGUCAUAUUGUGUUACUUUUAUUAAAACAGGAUUUUGGUACAUUCUCUUUUUUUCAUAAUAGUGCUCUUUUUAUUUUGGCAUAUCAGGGAACUGUGUUUUCUACGCAACAAGCUGAAAAUCUACGCAGUCUGUCGUUAGCAAUGCUAGUCUGUUGAAGAUAAUGUGCCAAAUGUAAUGUUAUCAAAGUUGAAAACAAUUUAUAAUUGAAUAUAUUUAAAAAAAUAUUUUAUAAUGAUUCACAGCGAAUACAAACAUUUUAAAACCUACAAAAGACUUU